AUGCAACACUAUUUUCAGCCACAAGAGGGUAUCAUGCCAGAAGAUCAACAACAAUACUAUGCCAAUCAACAACAAAAAUUGCAAACAUUUCUCUCAAACUACCAAAAAUCCCAGAAACACCAAAAACAUUACAAACACUCUGUGGAACUGUCCGCUAAAACAAUUGGAGCUUCCAAACAAUUUAAAGCUUCAGUCCAACUACAAGCCCAAUGUAACGACAAAAUGCAAGUCUGCCAACUCAGACUUGGGGCAGAGAGAAGUAAAAUGAAUGAAGAAAGAGGCAUGUGGACAAUGAAAGGCCUAGUUGAAAUGGUUAUGCCGGGAGGGGCUGAAGAGGAGAAUUCUAAUAAUUAUUCUUCUGAUCAGUUUUUGAGCUUUGCAAAUUUGCAUUGGGGAGCGGAUACACGUAAACAACAAGUGAAUAUGCGAAUCGUUGGGGAACAAGCACCUGAAAGAACUUCUGGAUGGUAUAUGUUCCAAAAUCAACAGGAAGGGGAAAAUCAAGAGAGAGAACAAAACGAGGAAAAUCAAAAUUCUGAUCAAAACUCCUCUCCUUUCAUCACUAAACUCCAACGUAGAACGGCAUUUAUCAAUCUCUACAACUGUAGAAUGGAAUAUACCAACUUGACUCCAGCAACCAGAAAUGUGUUUGAAAGGGCUGUUGAAUUGGUCAAUUCUAAAUAUUUUUGGAAUUCGAAGACUGAAUUAAAGGGUGAAAGUAGCUUGAAUCCGGAGAAUGGAAAGGUAUACUGUACACUCUCUAUCGACUCUCUAACCCAAAACCAUGCCAACAUUACCCUCAUGACACCAGAACAAAUUGUCCAUCUACAACAAAUUGAAAUGCCUUUCAAGCUUCGUCCUUUUUCUCUAAGACGUCGAAAUGUACAAAGCAUCCAGUCUUUCGACCAGUUCUACUCACAGCAAGAAAUUAAAAAUCGUGCAGAGUGUUCGAUAGAUGGAAGGAUUGUUCGGACUUUCGACGGAAAGAGAUACAAGGCUCCACUCUCCACCAGCUGUUAUUCUGUUCUCGCCAAAGAUUGUGGUAGAAUGAUUCAUAUUCCCGAUUUCAAACUAAAAAUUCUUACACCCGGACAAAGCAUCGAAUGUCAACACGAAAGAGCCGACAGCCGCAAAAUUGUGUGUAAAAUUAAUGGACGCUACUUGAACGAAAAUAAUGAGAACAACCUUGUGGAGUACAGUAAUGCCAAAAUGAGUGAUGUAACUCUUCAUUUGGACGAAGUUUCCGUUCGAUUCAACGGCUACAAGGCUUGGAUUAAGCUUUCGGGGGCUUAUAGAAACACUCAAUGUGGACUUUGUGGACACUACGAUGAUGCUACAAAUGAUGAAAAUGAAAUGAUAAUGGCCAAUAAUGAAUUUACUUCCAACCUCGCCCAAUUCCAUCGUUCCUAUUCUCUUUCGAACAGCCACGACAGCAACGACCUAAUGUGCAAUGAACAACAACUUGACAGAUUUUAUGAAGAAAAUAAAAAUAAAUUUGGCUAUUCUGAAGCUUUGGAAAUAAUUGAGGAAGAAAAAGGCAACGAAAUGAAGGAAGGAAACAAAAAUAAAAAAUAUAAUGAAUGGGAAGAUGAAAUGUUUGAUGGAACUUUAGGAGAUCAAAGUGAAAAUGAUGAGGCCUAUUUCUCUGAUAAUUAUGAAGGAAAUGAGCAAUAUAUUAUGAGAAGUGAAAUGAAUGGAAAUAGAAUGGAGAAGAUUAUAGGUUGGUGA